CAAAGCAUUAUGGCGCCAUUUUCGUACAGAGCUUGUAUGAAAAUGCAACCAAUUAAACUUAGAUACACAACGGGUGGCUCCCUCUCUCCUAAUGAAUUAGUCUUUUAAGUCUCAUUUUCACAUGGCAAUAAAAGUCAUGUCUUUUGCCAUCUUCGAAGUUCAUGUCAUCAUCAAAUGUGUACAAUUGUUGUCGUUGAACAACGGCGUUAUAAUUUACCUAGUCUUGUAUUGCAGUACAAUAUCACAGCCGACUUCAGUACUAAUCAUACUGAACGAGAAACAGCAAAACCGCGAGAAUCUGAUUUUGUACUUAAUAGGAAUAUGCAGCAUUUGUGUGCUCUGUAUAUCCAGUGCAAAAUCGAAUUCCCGCAGUUUUACUGCCUCUUGCUCAACAUGGCUCGUACAACCAUACUUGAAACUAUUAAGAAUGGAUAAACCAAUAGGUUCAUGGUUAUUGUUUUGGCCUUGUGGUUGGAGCAUAGCCAUGGCGGCACCACCAGGUGCAUUCCCAGAUAUCCAACUUUUGCUACUUUUUGGAAUGGGCGCAUUCAUCAUGCGUGGAGCGGGAUGCAUUAUAAAUGAUAUGUGGGAUCAAGAUAUCGAUGGGAUGGUAGCCAGAACAAAAGAUAGACCAUUGGUUACGGGAGAAAUUUCACCUCUACAAUCGCUUGUUUUCCUUGGAAGUCAAUUAACUUUGGGACUGCUUGUGCUGUUACAACUAAAUCUUUAUAGUAUUAUAUUGGGUGCAAGCUCGCUAGUUUUAGUGAUACUUUACCCCAUUAUGAAAAGAGUAACAUAUUGGCCGCAAUUGAUACUAGGAAUGACCUUUAAUUGGGGCGCACUUUUGGGUUGGUCUGCUGUACAAGGAUCAUGCGACUGGUCCGUAUGUCUACCUCUUUAUACUGCUGGAAUUUGUUGGACACUCUUGUAUGACACUAUAUAUGCGCAUCAGGACAAAAUAGAUGAUAUUAUAAUAGGUAUAAAAUCAACAGCUUUAAAGUUUGAAGAUAAGACAAAAAUGUAUUUGUCUGGAUUUAGUUCAGCAAUGAUAGCAGGGUUAAUUACGUCAGGUAUAUUAACUGCGCAAACUUGGCCGUAUUACGGUGCAGUUGGAUUGGUCGGUGUUCAUCUUGCUAAUCAGAUCUACAGCUUGAACAUCAAUAAUCCUGUAGACUGCGCAAAAAAGUUCAUGUCUAAUCACAGGGUAGGAAUGAUUCUAUUUGCUGGAAUUGUAUUAGGAAAUCUAGUAAAAAAUUCUGUGAAUGAAAAAGAUGGUAAUAUUAAACAAGAACUGAGGAUAGAAUCUACUUCCACUAAAAGAAAUGAACAUUAGUUUCAUCACUUUGGUAGGUUAUACUUAGAUUAAUUUACUGAACUGUAUAUGUUAAAAACAAGAAAAUUAUGUGGACAACUGGCUGGUUCCAGUAAAUUAAAGAAAUUAGUUUUGAUUAUUACGUAUAUAUGUGCCAUACAAGAAC